AGAAAGAGAAGAAGAAAGAAAUACAGAAAGAAAGAAAUGGAAAAUCCAUCUGUGUGAGUUCUGACUGAGUUUUUUCAUUCAUAUGUGCCCGAUCUGGCCAACUCCAACUGAAUCUAAUUCUCAGCAGAAUUCUUCGCAUCGGACCGGCGAGAUUCAUCGGCGCCGAUGGCCUUUUCACCCGCAGCCGGCGGCAGCGGUCCGAGGGACACAUCCAUAGCCGUUCUCACACUCGAAUCCGGCGAAGUCUACGUAGUUGCGAGCUUGUCUUCGAGGAACGACACUCAGCUGAUCUACAUCGAUCCCACCACCGGCGCUCUCCGCUACCAUGGCAAGCCCGGCCUUGACCUCUUCAAGUCCGAGUCCCAGGCCAUCGACUUCAUCACCAAUGGAUCGCGAUGGCUCUGCAAGUCCUCCGUCCAAGCCAGAGCCAUCUUGGGAUACGCGGCCUUGGGCGGGACUGGUUUACUUUUUGUCGCCACUAAGCUUUCCGCCAGCGUUCCCAAUUUGCCCGGCGGAGGAUGCAUUUUCACGGUUCUGGAGAGCCAGUGCAUCAAGAUUCCGCUGCAGACUCCGCAGGUUCAGGGGAAGGGGGAGCUCAAGAACGUGCAAGAAUUAGUUGAGCUUGAUAUUGAUGGGAAACACUACUUUUGUGAAUCGAGGGACGUAACGAGACCGUUCCCGAGCCGAAUGCCGAUUAACAAGCCCGAUGAGGAGUUCGUUUGGAACAAGUGGUUCUCGAUGGCCUUCAAGAACAUUGGGUUGCCACACCAUUGCGUUACGCUUCUCCAGGGGUUUGCAGAGUGUCGAAGUUUUGGGAGUUCUGGUCAGAUGGAAGGGAUUGUGUCACUUAUUGCUCGUCGAAGCAGGCUACACCCUGGAACUCGAUAUUUGGCCAGGGGCAUAAAUUCCUGCUACAGCACAGGAAACGAGGUUGAGUGUGAACAACUGGUAUGGAUACCUAAAAGGGCUGGUCAGAGCACUCCUUUUAACACGUACAUUUGGCGAAGGGGCACCAUUCCAAUUUGGUGGGGUGCAGAGCUGAAGAUCACUGCUGCAGAAGCAGAAAUAUAUGUAUCUGAAUCUGAUCCUUAUAAAGGAAGCGCUCAGUACUAUCAAAGGUUGAAUAAGAGGUAUGAUGCUGGAAAUAUAGAUGUUGUUGGUGGAGGAAAUCAGAACAAAAAAUCUUUGGUUCCUAUAGUUUGCGUAAAUUUGCUUAGGAAUGGAGAAGGAAAAUCAGAAUCUAUUUUAGUUCAGCACUUUGAGGAAUCUCUGAAUUAUGUUAAAUCAACUGGUAAACUUCCAAAUACUCGAAUCCAUUUAAUAAAUUAUGAUUGGCAUGCAAGUACAAGGUUAAAGGGUGAACAACAAACAAUUGAAGGGCUGUGGAAGCUUCUAAAGGGACCUACUGUAACAAUAAGUGUUUCUGAAGGGGAUUAUUUACCUUCCCGAUUACAGACCAAGGAUUAUAGGGGUGAAAUCAUACAUAAUGAUGACUUUGAAGGUGAUUUCUGCAUAAGAACGCGUCAAAACGGAGUGAUACGAUUUAACUGUGCCGAUUCUUUGGAUAGAACCAAUGCUGCUAGUUAUUUUGGUGCUCUCCAAGUCUUCAUGGAGCAAUGCAGGCGGCUAGGGAUAUCUUUAGAUAAUGACUGGGCAAUGGGUUAUCGUUCAAUGGAUACACAAAGUGGAUAUAUAGCUCCACUGCCACCCGGUUGGGAAAAAAAGACUGAUGCUGUGACAGGGAAAACAUAUUAUAUUGAUCAUAAUACUAGGACCACAACAUGGACUCAUCCUUGUCCAGAUAAACCUUGGAAAAGAUUUGAUAUGACAUUUGAAGAAUUCAAGAGAUCAACAAUUUUAUUUCCAAUUUCUCAGCUAGCCGAUCUGUUUUUGCUUGCUGGGGAUAUUCAUGCCACCCUUUAUACUGGUUCCAAAGCUAUGCAUAGCCAAAUCCUUAACAUAUUCAAUGAAGAAGCGGGAAAGUUUAAACAAUUUUCUGCAGCACAAAAUAUGAAGAUUACACUGCAGAGAAGAUAUAAAAAUGCAGUUGUUGACAGCUCUCGGCAAAAGCAGUUGGAGAUGUUUCUUGGAAUGAGGCUUUUUAAACAUCUUCCAUCAAUACCUAUUCAGCCUCUUAAUGUACUCUCGCGAGCAUCCAGUUUUUUACUUAAACCUGUUACCAACAUGUUUCCAAGUUCUAAUGGUGGAUCUGGUCUUCUGAGUUUUAAGAAGAAAGGCGAGAUCUGGGUAUUCCCGCAGGGUGCAGAUGUUGUUGAACUGUUCAUUUACCUAACUGAGCCUUGCCAUGUCUGUCAGCUUCUUCUUACUGUAUCUCAUGGUGCAGAUGACUCAACUUAUCCAGCCACCGUUGAUGUAAGGACUGGCCGUAAUCUAGAUGGGCUAAAACUAAUUCUUGAGGGUGCUUGCAUACCUCAGUGUGAAAAUGGGACAAACCUUCUUAUAACCUUACCAGGGCCAAUUAGUGCUGAGGAUAUGGCUAUCACAGGGGCUGGUGCUCGCCUCCACUCCCAUGAGGCAUCAACACUUCCAUUGUUAUAUGAUUUUGAAGAACUAGAGGGUGAACUGGACUUCCUUACCCGGGUUGUUGCUGUUACAUUUUAUCCUGCUGUUUCUGGGAAAAGUUUAAUGACUCUUGGCGAGAUAGAGAUCCUUGGAGUUUCUCUUCCUUGGAGGGGAGUGUUUUAUGACGAAGGACCUGGUGCAAGAUUAGCCCAUCUCACUAAGAAGUUCCAUAAGGAAAUCAACCAUUUUUCAUCUGGUUCAGGAACCAAUCCAUUUUUUGCCCCUUCAUUAAAUGAAGACCUUCCAAAGCCAGUGAAAACAAGUGCUUCCGUGGACCCAUUGGUUGACCUUUUGACUGGAGAAGUUGCAUUUUCAGAUACAAUUUCUCAAGCAGACAGUGGAACUGUUGUACAUCAGGGGGGUGACGUACUUGAUUUUUUGGACCAGCAUGUUGAACAUCAUAGUGCUGAAGCUGACCACAAAGUUUCUUCACCAGAAGAUCCAAAGGUUACCGAUAGUUGUUCCCAACUGUACAUAAAUUGUCUCAAAUCCCUUGCAGGACCUCACAUGGAAAAGAAGCUCAGCUUUCAAGAAGCCAUGAAACUUGAAAUUGAGCGCCUCCGGCUAAAUCUUUCAGCUGCCGAGAGGGAUAGAGCAUUAUUAUCAACUGGAACUGAUCCUGCUACUAUAAAUCCGAAUCUGUUGCUUGAUGAGAUUUAUGUUGGAAGGUUAUGCAGACUGGCAAAUCAUCUUGCAUUAGUUGGGCAUACUUAUCUGGAAGACAAAAUUACUGCUGCUAUAGGUCUUGAUAAAGUUGAUGAUCUUGUGGACUUCUGGAACAUCAGAGAAAUUGGAGAGAUCUGUUCUGGUGGAACCUGUGAGGUGCGUGCAGAAACUAAAACACUAGUUCAAAUUCCCUCUAAAGUGUCCUCAGCUGGAGCUCCCAAGCCUGUCUUGUUAUGUUUACAAUGCCGAAGAAAGGUUUGUAAAGUAUGCUGUGCGGGGAGAGGGGCUCAACUUUUGACAAGCUAUAGCUCAAGGGAAGCCUCAAGCUACAGUGGUUCACACGGUGGGAGCCACAUUGAUGCCUCCUCGAACGGUUCACAUGGUGUUGUCUGUAAGAAAUGCUGCAACAAUGUUGUGCUUGACGCAUUGAUCUUGGACUAUGUAAGGGGAUUGAUUAGCUCACGAAGGAAUGCCCGUGCGGACGAUGCUGCAUAUAGAGCUUUGAACCAGGUGAUUGGAUCAUCAGUAGGGGAUUGGCUCUCUGGAAAGAAUCUGCAUUUUGCUGGCCAACGAGUAAAUAAGGUUCUAAGAAAAUUGAUUAAUGGAGAAGAGUCAGUUGCUGAAUUUCCAUAUGCCAGCCUUUUGCACUCGGUUGAAACAGCAGCAGAUUCAGCACCAGCCUUGUCAUUGCUUGCUCCCUUAGAUUCUGGUUCAUUUUGUUCAUAUUGGAAAGCUCCUCCAAAUGCUACCUCUGCUGAAUUUGUUAUUAUUCUUGGUUCCAUCUCUGAUGUUAGUGGAGUCAUCUUGCUUGUGAGCCCUUGUGGGUAUUCUGCAGGAGACACUCCCAUUGUGCAAAUUUGGGCAAGUAAUUUAAUUCACAAGGAAGAAAGGUCGUAUGUGGGGAAGUGGGAUGUCCAAUCAUUGAUGCCAUCUUCAUUUGAUUUUUAUGGGCCAGAAAAAGAAUAUAGCAAGGAUACAACACCUAGGCAUGUCCGAUUUACCUUUAAAAAUCCUGUUAGAUGCCGCAUCAUUUGGAUGACGCUACGCCUUCAACGCCCUGGUUCGAGUUCUGUUAGUUGUGAGAAAGAUUUCAACCUCCUGUCUCUAGAUGACAAUCCUUUUGCACCAGUUCAUCCACAAAUUAAUCGACGUGCCUCCUUUGGAGGAUCAAGUGAAGGUAUUCCUUGUCUUCAUGCUAAAAGAAUUAUUGUAGUUGGAAUCCCAGUGAGAAAAGAGACGGGCCUUGAAUCAUCAUCAGGCUCUGAUCAAAUGACUUACAGAGCCUUGUUGGAGAGAGCCCCUCAAGUAAAGAGAUUCAAGAUUCCAAUUGAAGCCGAAAGGGUUAUGGACACUGAUCUUGUCUUGGAACAGUAUCUCUCUCUCGGUUCCCCAAUGAUUGCUGGCUUUCGUCUGGAGGCUUUCGGUGCAAUAAAACCUCGAGUUACACAUUCACCAUCUUCAGAUGUACAAAUCUGGGAUGCUUCAGUCACAUUUUUAGAAGAUAGACACAUCUAUCCUGCUGUAUUGUAUCUACAAGUUUGCACUGUUCAGGAGUCCAACAAUAGUGUAGUAACUAUUGCUGAGUACCGACUACCCGAAGCGAAGGCUGGAACAGGAUUUUACUUCGAUUUUCCAAGACUUGUACAAACGAGGAGGAUUAUAUUUAAACUUCUUGGAGACGUUGCAGGGUACUCCGACGACCCAGCGGAACAAGAUGAUUCUGGAUUUAGGAUUUUAGCAGCAGGGUUGUCUUUGGCCAAUAGAAUUAAACCGUAUUACUAUGCAGAUCCUUAUGAACUUGGAAAAUGGGCAAGUCUUUCAGCUGUUUGAUGCUCUUAAUGUGAGGGGAAGAGAAGAUUGAUUGUGUUAUUUGAUUCAAUUCAUUGUUGUAAUGCCAAUAUGUAAUCCCAAUAUUCUUUUACGUAAUAAUACCAAAUUAGCAACUUAGAAGAAGAACAAUUCUCUUUCUUUCGGAAAUAGGUCUGUAUUUUUGUGAAUAUAUCAAUGCUUAAGAUUUUGAUCCUGUGAGUUGGGACCGAGUAUGAGAAAUCUUCUUUGUUUA